CAAGGAGGGCUCAGUCUCCGCCGGCCCGCCUAGGGAGCGGCUGGUCCCUGUGCUGAGAGCGACCACUUUCUGGAGAUACCGCUCAGUCCUUGCAGCUCUCCUCUCUUUACGCUCUCAUCGGGACCCCUGCUUCGAGAGGCCCUAGCAGAGACAUGGAAGAAUUUUUGCAACGCGCCAAAUCUAAACUGGAUCGAAGUAAGCGAGUGGAGAAGGUCCAUGCAGUUAUUGGACCUAAGUCGUGUGACUUGGAUUCUCUCAUUUCUGCCUUUACAUAUGCAUACUUUCUGGACAAGGUCAGUCCACCCGGGGUCCUCUGCUUGCCAGUACUGAAUAUCCCAAGAACAGAAUUCGGCUACUUCACAGAAACAAGGUUCAUUUUAGAAGAGCUCAACAUCUCCGAAUCGUUCCACAUUUUCCGAGAUGAAAUUAACCUACGGCAGCUGAAUGACGAAGGGAAGCUGUCAAUAACGCUUGUGGGCAGCCACACCCUGGGGAGUGAGGACAGAACUUUGGAGCCAGCAGUCGUCAGAGUCAUUAACCCUGGAGAGCAGAGCCAUGGCGAUGGCGGGCUGGCCUUCCCGGAGUCUUCCUCCUCGCUGGUGCUGAAGGAGCUCCUGCGCGAGGCUCCCGAGCUCAUCACCCAGCAGCUGGCACAUCUCCUCAGAGGCAGCAUCCUGUUCAAGUGGAUGACCAUGGACCCUGAGCUCCCCAAGAAGCAGGAGGAGAUUCUCUCCAUCCUAGAAGAACAGUUUCCCAACCUGCCUCCAAGAGAUGACAUCAUCAGCGUGCUGCAGGAGACCCAGCUCAGUGCUCAGGGUUUAAGUAUCGAGCAAACAAUGUUGAAAGAUCUGAAGGAGCUGUCAGAUGGUGAAAUAAAAGUGGCCAUAAGCACUGUGAACAUGACCCUGGAGGACUGUCUGUUUCACAGUAACAUCACCAGUGAUUUGAAAGCCUUCACAGACAAGUUCGGUUUUGAUGUCCUCAUCCUCAUCGCAAGCUACACGUCAGAGGAGCAGCAGAGACAGCAGAUCGCCGUGUAUUCCCAGAACCUGGAGCUGUGCAGCCAGAUUUGCUGUGAGCUGGAAGAAAGUCAGAACCCUUGCCUGGAACUGGAGCCCUUUGAAUGUGGCUGUGAUGAGAUCCUCGUAUACCAGCAGGAAGACCCUUCUGUGACCUGUGACCAGGUGUUUCUUCUUGUCAAGGAGGUCAUCAAUAGGAGGUGUGCGGAGAUGGGCUCUAACAGCCGCACAUCCUCCACAGAAGCUGUGGCAGGCAGUGCCCCCCUGUCCCAGGGCUCCUCCGGAAUUAUGGAAUUGUAUGGUUCUGACAUAGAGCCACAGCCCAGCUCUGUGAAUUUCAUAGAAAACCCUCCAGAGCUCAGUGAUUCCAACCAAGCUCAGGCGGACGUCAACAUAGACCUUGUUAGCCCCGACAGUGGGUUGGCCACCAUCAGGAGCAGCCGUUCAUCCAAGGAGAGUUCGGUGUUCCUCAGUGAUGACAGUCCAGUGGGAGAGGGUGCUGGGCCUCACCACAGCCUUCUCCCAGGGUUUGAUUCCUACAGCCCUAUUCCUGAAGGGGUAGUUGCCGAGGAGCACGCACGUUCUGGGGAACACGGGGAACACUUUGACCUCUUCAACUUUGACCCAGCGCCCAUUGCUUCUGAGCAGUCGCAGCCAUCUUCCCACUCUGCAGACUACUCACCAGAAGAUGACUUCUCCAACAGUGACUCAUCAGAAGGAAACCUCUCUGCUGGGCCUAAAGGACUUGCUGAGAUGGGGGUCAACAUGUCCAAUUACUCUUCCAGUUCGCUUUUGUCAGAGGCUGGUAAAGACAGCCUUGUAGAAUUUGAUGAAGAGUUUGUCCAGAGACAAGAAAGCUCAGGAGGUAACCCUGAAAGAAAAUUAAGCCUGACAUGUUUUGUGGGAGAUGAACCUGCUUCCCCUGAAAGGCUGAAGAAUAUUGGAAAGAGGAUCCCACCACCACCUAUGAAUAGCUUUGUUGAGAUUUCACCAUCAACUGAAGAGCCGGCCCCACUCUGUCCAGAAGAGAUCACCCAAAAUACAAUUGACACGGUGCAUCUGGGGCCACCUCAGACCCGUGCCCGAUGCAGGAGCUGGUGGGGUGGCUUGGAAAUUGACUCUGAAAAUAUUGUAGAUGCCUGGAGCUCCAGUGAACAAGAAUCCACCUUCCAGAAUCCUGAGCCUUGGCAAGACCAUAAGCCUGGGCCAGUUGAGAAGAGAACCUCAGACUCCACAUUCCAACCAAAGAGUCUUAGAUUCCCAAAGUCAGAUCCCUGGGAAUUGGAAUUUGAUCAGCCUGAACUGGGCAGCAAAGAUACCCAGGACCAGAAGGAGGAAAGUUUGGGGUGCCAGCACCCACCCACAGAGGGGCCAAGUCUGACAAACGCCUCUCCUCAAGAGACAAACCACCUGAUAGAGGACUUUGCUGCUUUGUGGCAUUCAGGUCACUCACCAACAACAAUGCCUGAGCCUUGGGGAAAUCCCACGGAUGCUGGUGAAGCAGCCGUUAUGGUGUCCUUCCCCGCCUGGGGUGCAUUUGAUAAAGAAAGUAAUGCUGACACCUUAAAAAAUACUUGGAAUCUUCAUCCCACUAACAAUGAGAUGCCUUCUAUGCAGGACUCAAGUGAGUGGGCUAUGGCCCAAAGUGGGUUUUCUUACCCUGCAGCAGACCUACUGGACCUUCCCCAGCCUGAGGUAAAUACAGACACAGCUCCAGAAAUCUGGGGCAAGAAGAGCAAUGGCUCCAAGGACAAUAUUCUUACAUCUGGAAAUUCCAGUUCUGAUUUGGGUCAAACAUGGAAUAAUUCUAAGCUACCAGGGGAAGGCCAGAAUGGCUUGGUGGGUCCUAAAGCCAGAGGGACGGUGUAUGAAAAGGAAGGUUCCUGGAACCUCUUUGAAGAGAGUGUUAAGAAAAGAGGAUCUGAUGUGUUAGCUCCUUGGGAAGAUUCUUUCUUGUCAUAUAAAUGCUCUGAUUAUAGCACAUCCAACAUAGGAGAAGAUUCGGUCCCAUCUCCCUUAGACACCAACUACUCCACCUCUGACUCUUACACAUCACCAACAUAUGCUGGAGAGGAAAAAGAAGUGGAAAACAAGCCAUUUGCUAAAGAGAAUGGUUUUGAGACAGAAGAUACUGACUUCCCUGCAGAAGGGGUUGAAGUUCUUGCAACAUCACCACAGCGGCCCCAGAGAAAUCGAAUCGGUUCUGGCCCUGGGAAUCUAGACAUGUGGGCAUCACCUCACGCAGAGGGCAACCCUGAAGGAAAUGACGCACAUCACCCAGAUAAAGAUUUACUCACGAUGGCGCACGCAGAAGAUAAGAAUAUGUCCAUGGAGGACGAUGUGGGGGAAAGCAGUCCAUCCAGUUAUGACGACCCUAGCAUGAUGCAGCUGUACAACGAGGCAAACCGGCAGCUCACCCUUCUACACAGCAACACCAACUCCCGCCAGACAGCCCCUGACAGCCUCGACACAUGGAACCGAGUGAUUCUGGAGGACACGCAGUCCACCGCGACCAUCUCAGACAUGGAUAAUGACUUGGAUUGGGAUGACUGCAGCGGGGGUGUGGCGAUCGGCGGGGCCGGUCAGGAAGAUUAUGUAACUGCAAACACUGAACCUGAAACCCGCUUCUCAGUGAAGCAGCUGGAACCAUGGGGCACAGAACAUCAGGAAGCAAAUCAGGUGGACUGGGACCUCCCUGCUUCUGCGGAGCCCACGGGGGACACUGGUCCCACUGAAUACCACAUCCUGAAUGAGAAAAGCGGGCAGUUAAUUGCAAACAGUAUUUGGGAUUCUGUCAUGAGAGAUAAAGAUAUGCCAUCAUUCAGAAUACCAAACCCACCCAAUACUGCAGAUAUGGAGCAAAGCCCUUGGCCUUCUGAAAGUCCCAGGCUCUCAGUAAAUGGUAAGAACAGCCACAUGUCAGAAGCCACAGGGUUUGGUGAGCCGGUAGCACUUACAUCUCAUCCUGACAACCAGGACACAUGGAUAGAGUCCCAAGGUGACACAGCAUCCUCGGUGGCCAGGCUGGAGAGUCCAGAACAUUCUGCACAGUCAGAUCCAUGGGCUGGUUAUAUUUACGGAGAGAGUGAGAGUGAGACUGAAGGCCUGGCAGCCUCUGGCUGUGUGCAUCUUGACAAGGAGGCAGAAGUGGGCUCUGGGGUGGAUGGUGCCUCACUGGUUUCCGGAAAAGAGCCCUUUGACCAGGAACUCUCUUAUUCAGUUGCACUUGAACACAAAGAAAUCUGCAACUCGUCUGGCAAGAUCAGAUCUCUUUCAGUCACCUCCAGUCCCCAGACUGAGGAACAGGAGGAAGCUUUAGAUGUGGAAAAGGAGCCUGCCAGUCUCUUUGCUGUGCAAACAGAGACGUCCGCAAGUGACUUUCAGACAAAAGAGGCCCGUGAAGAAUCUCCUGUGGGUCACAGAAAUUCAGGCGAAGCCAGCCCAACUUUGGGUAGGAUUAAUCUGAUGAAAAACAUGCCUAUAUCUGAAACGGGACUUGAGAGAACUGAAGACUGUAGCCUUCUCGAGCCAGAAAGAGCAAAUGAAAAACUAUUUUAUGAAUCUUCUCAAAACUUUGGCGCUUGGGAUGGCCCCAUGGAUAGCGAUGUGUGGGAUAGUCACAUAAGUUACGAGGCAUCUACGAAUCCUACAGGUGAGAGCACUGAGAACGGGUCUCUACAAGCCCUUUCGCCAGGAAGUUAUGACAGAGACAGCCUCUCUAGUGGGGGUUCUCAUUCAAGUGCAUCGAGUCCUGACCUAAAUGAUUCUUCAGUUUCUUUGUCCUCUUGGACCCAUGAACCCAGCUCUGAACAUCAGAAAGGGGAUCCAGACAACAGGAGCAAACAGAUGCACCAAGAAUCAGAACCCUUUAGCACUGAAGCCCAGGCAGGGAUGCUUGCUGAAAUAAAGGACUUUGCAAAAACCAGAAAGGAUGGCUUUGCAAAGAUGUCUGAUCAUGAGGAGGACCUUACAUUUCCCAAGACUCCAAGUGAUUCCAUCAUUGGUGAGUCCUCACCUCCUUCAUCCAGCCUUGGGACAGAGAAAUAUUUAAAACAUUCUUCCACGUGUCAGGAAGGAAAGCUAAUGACUAGCCGUCAAGAGGGAAGUGAACCUGACUUUCCAGAAGCUGUGCAGCCAGAGGAUACCAGGAUCAUGUCCACGAGCUCCGCUUCUGGCGAGGACAGUGGCGGUGAUGAAGAGUUGCUAGAGACGGAAAUCCAUUUGGCCACAGGCCAAGCCACUCAGAGGGAACCUAAGGCUCACGAUCCAUCAUGUGAACCUGAGUUCUUGGCCGCAGAGCAUCGCACGUCUGAGUUUUCUGUCUUUGUACAUGCUUCAGAGCCAAUAGAGAAAGAGAACAAGCCAGAAUCAUUCUGUGAAAGCCAGCAAAGCAGCCCCGGUCCCUGGAUUGUGUCGCCACUCGUGCAGACUGACGCCUGGGACACAUCUAUGGAGAAGGAGGCCGGAGCUGCGGAAACAGGGAAUAUGGGACAUGGCAUGUGGCAGAUGUCUCCAGGAACUGAACGUAAGGAUGGAGACCCCGAUAAACUAGAAAUGCUUGGUUUCUCUGCUGACAGCAGUGAGUGGUGGAACACUCCUGCGCAGGAAGAGAGACCAACUGCUAAUGCAUCUGUAGAGUCAUCCACCUCAGAUGGUGAGGUAGAGACGACUUCUCCAGUAUUCCAGAAUGCAGGGCCGUGGGGCGUGCCCACUCGGAGCGAUCACAAACCUGUGGACACAGGCAGUACUAAUCCUUUCAGUGGUGAACUAAAGUCACCCUUUCUGGAUAGCAAUGGGGAAAAGUCACAGGAGAAACUUUGGAACAUUCAACCGAGGCAGCUAGAUUCAGGCGCCACUCAGUUUAGCCAGCUUGUAAUAUUGGACCAAAUUCAAGGCAAAGACUCUCGCCAGCAAACAGCCAUGUCUUCUCAUACUGGCGACCUCCCUCCUGAAACUCCCACUCAAGAGCAGUGUCAGGAAUCUCAGCUGUCCAUCUGGGACCAUGCAGGGCCAGCAUUUACUUGCAGAGAUAAAAAUGACUGUGUCAGCACCGGGGUUUCACCCACCGAGUGCCAACAAGAGCACUGGUGGGAACAAGACAACUCAUAUUUCAGCCAUGUGGCACUCCCAAGCACUGCCACAGAAAAUCUCCCUGUGGCCAGUGUUCCCACACAAUUGCUGAAGAAGUCAGGCUCCGAAUGGGAUAGGCCCAGCCGUUGUGAGCCCCGGCAUAACUUUGUUCCCGAUAUUUUACAUGGCAACUUCAAAGACGGUGGGCAACCGGCCUCAGCUUCACCAGAUCUGUGGGUGGAUGUCAGGCAACCUGUCACUUUUAAAGCAGAGGCAGAGAACCCUGAUAUCUUGACUCACUGUGACCAUGACAACAGUUCUCAGGCCUCCAGCAGCCCCGACGUGUGUCACGAUUCUGAAGGAAGGCAAGAGGUGGAGAAACACAGUGGCGUUUACAUGGGACCUGAAAUGGAACCAAAGAUGGCUGCUGAACCUACUCAGGCAUCUAGGCAGGAGUGUCUUGCAUACAAUCCGGAACUCCAUUCUGAACAUGCAAUGCCACUGCCUCCACUCAACAGUCAGACAGAUACAAACAGCUCAACUGAGCCCAUCACUUCAAAACGUUCCCCAGAACCUUCUGAUAUGCAUGGAGAUAUCAAUUCACGUUUAACAACCUUAGAGGAAGGCACCAACCCAGAAGAGGAAGCAGUGGGUCAGAUGACCCCAGGCACUGGGAGUGCAGACACUGGCACUUCUGAAACUCCCCAGGAGGUCAGUGCAGAAGGCAACAGCUCUUGGGCGUCCGAGGACCUUUGUCCUGAAAGUCAGACAGGCACUAGAGCCUCGCUUGACUGUGAGCAACCGUUUGCUUCCGAGAACGCUGCUGUGCUUACCGACAUCUUGCUAGCCUCAGACACCUGCCUGGAUGUAAGCGAAGCUGCCUUUGACCACAGUUUCAGUGACGCCUCGGGCCUCAACACUUCCACAGGCACUAUAGAUGAUAUGAGUAAGUUAACUCUUUCAGAAGGCCACCCCGAAACGCCAGUUGAUGGAGAUCCAGGGAAGCAGGAUGUCUGUUCGUCUGAAGCUUCCUGGGGUGAUUUUGAAUAUGAUGUAAUGGGCCAGAAUAUCGACGAAGAUCUUAUGAAAGAGCCUGAACAUUUCCUCUAUGGUGCUGAUCUUAUGUUGGAGGAGAGCACACCGAGGCAGUCCCUGGCACCGUACACACCCCCCUUUGAUUUGUCCUACCUCACAGAACCUACAGGUGGCGCUGAAACAGCACUGGAAGCUGGGUCUCCAGAUGAUGCAUCUCUGGGGAGUGAGGCAGCGGAGAUGUUGCUUUCUGCUCUUCCUGAUCAAAGGCAGGAAAAUCAGACCGAGACCAACAGCAGACAGCCCAGACAGCGGAUGACUGUUUUGCAUAUUCAUGAAGACCCUGAGUCUCUUUCUUCACCUGUAGGAGGAACAGGUUCCAACAUAGAGUCAUCGCCAUCGAACAUUGACUGGGAAAUAGAAACAGAUAAUUCAGAUUCACCAGCAGGUGGCGAUAUAAGACCACCAAAUGGCAAGGAGAUACUGGAGUUAGAAGAAGAGAAAGUAACUCCUACCAAAGGGCCUCAGCAGACAAAAUUAGAAUACCAGGAAGAUAAGCAGGCAGAAAAGGGCAAAGACCAUCAAGCACUAGCUGUGGAUUACAUACUUGUAAGCCAUGAAAAGGAUUCGCCAUUGAAAGCAGAGGACUGGGAAGCCGAAGAAAAUGGCCCUGAAAUAGAACAAUUAGGUUCCAGGGAGACAGGGCUCCCAGAAACGCAGUUAGCAGCUGUCUCAGACACGUGUCAGCCUGAGCCUUUAAAUGAUGUCAAAGUUCAUUCUGCAGAGAACAUGUCUUCCAGCCACAAGACGGCAUCUCUUCUUGAAAACCCUGCCCAAGAUCAGAGCUGGAUGGUCUUGGACCACAGUGAGGUAGGUGACCCAUCUGCAGAAGCCAGGAACUUGGGGCCUGGGUCUCCUGGAAAAACUGCGGAGCUGUUCUGGAGUCUCAGCUUAGAUAAGGCUCCCCGGCCGCAGGUUCUGGGAGGAAAUAAGCCUAUAGACUCUUUAGCACUAGAGGAAGUUCCUGGUUUGAGCUGCCAAUCAAGGAAGAGCAAGAGACAAGGUCAAACUGGUCUAGAUGCAGUUCCAACACAAGCCACCACCCGGGACAAUGAAUGGGAGAUGCUUUCACCGCAGCUGUCCAAGAAAAACAGGAUCCCUCCACAGGAAACAGAAGUGGAGACAGAGUUCCUUGAGCCUGGACCCAGAAAGCCAAGACCGGAUGGACCCCCGUCAGAGGAUGUAGGAAUGGAUGUCCCGUUCGAGGAGAGAGUGCUGAGUCCCAGUGCUGCAGACAUGAGGCCCGAACCUCCCAAUUCUCUGGAUCUCAAUGGCAGUCACUCUCGGAGAAUCAAGCUCACAGCCCCAAACAUCAACCUUUCUCUGGACCAAAGUGAAGGAUCUAUUCUCUCUGAUGAUAACCUAGACAGUCCAGAUGAGAUUGACAUCAACGUGGAUGAGCUCGACACCCCUGAUGAAGCAGAUUCUUUUGAAUACACUGCCCAUGAAGAUCCCACAGCCAACAGAAGCUCUGGUCAAGAGUCGGAGUCUAUUCCAGAAUAUACGGCCGAAGAGGAACGAGAAGACAAUCGGCUGUGGAGGACAGUGGUGAUCGGAGAGCAGGAGCAGAGGAUUGACAUGAAGGUCAUCGAGCCCUACCGGAGAGUCAUUUCCCACGGAGGAUACUAUGGGGACGGUCUGAAUGCCAUCAUUGUGUUUGCUGCCUGUUUUCUGCCAGACAGCAGCCGGGCGGAUUACCACUAUGUCAUGGAAAACCUUUUCUUAUAUGUAAUAAGUACCUUAGAGCUGAUGGUAGCUGAAGACUACAUGAUUGUGUACUUGAAUGGUGCAACCCCGAGGCGCAAGAUGCCAGGGCUAGGCUGGAUGAAGAAAUGUUACCAGAUGAUUGACAGACGGUUGCGCAAGAAUUUGAAGUCAUUCAUCAUUGUCCAUCCAUCUUGGUUCAUCAGAACAAUCCUUGCAGUGACUCGACCUUUUAUAAGCUCAAAAUUCAGCAGUAAAAUUAAAUAUGUUAGUAGUUUAUCUGAGCUGAGUGGGCUGAUCCCAAUGGAUUGCAUCCACAUUCCAGAGAGCAUCAUCAAGUACGAUGAAGAGAAAUCUUUUAAAAGAAGUGUGAGACUGGAUGAAGAACUAAGGAAAGCAUCAGAAGCGGCUAAAACUAGCUGCCUUUACAAUGAUCCAGAAAUGACUUCUAUGGACAAGGAUAUUGACAUGAAGCUGAAAGAAAAGCCCUAGCUGGCCAGCUGGAGGAGAAAUCACUUUCUGCUUGAUGGUUCUGCUGGAACAUAACCUACCUGGAAGCAACAGGGCUGGUGAUACCUCCAUUUUGCACCGCCUGGUGGCAUUGGAAAUUUCCAAGUGGGGGAAAAAAUGGGAAGAAAAUUUGUUUACUGUUAACAUAUUUAUGAAAUGUUGUGUAUUUUCCUAUUUUGCCAAUUAUGUGCCUCAACGAUUUUAGUUGAACCUUAGCAGGAAAAAUAGGUCCUUCCAUUUUAAUAUUAUACCAACCCCUGGUGCAGUGGGACUUGGUUCCUUAGAUUGGUGUUUACCAAAAGCAUAGCCUAAUUCUGCUGUUAGACAGAUGUGGAUACAUUUCUGUAGGUUGCCUGGAUUUCCCUGUAGAGCUUGCUCUAGAUUUAAGAUGCACAGAGCUUGCCUUGUCCCAGGAACAGGGCUCUCUAAAAUGCUGUCUAAUGAAAUGCUGAGUCUGAACAGGAC